AGAGACAAGCAGUGAGCUGCAAAUCAGGACAGAGCUGCUAGCAGCAAGUGGAUCCGUUGUGCUCUCCUCCAUUGUCCUUGAGGAGAGCUGCUACCAUUGCUAUUCUGAAUGUUUGAGUGGGUUUAGAGCUGUGUCUGAUACACAAGGUAAGCACAUCAGUGUAUCUCUAUCCAGAGGCAGACACUAACCUUAAGUCUGUUUACAGUAUCUUUUAUAUUGUCCACUUUGUGCUCUCUGAAAAGUAGUUCUGUGCUGAUGAAUACAUAAUUUGUUAAGUACUUAUUUUUUAUUACGACCUUCAGGUGACAGGAAGUCAAAGCUCUCGUAAUACCAAACAUCUGACGUUGUCUCCUGUAAUGUCGUUGUACUUCAUCACGUUGUUAUGCAGUGUCUGACUCGGUGAGCUGUUCUGCUGGGCUCUUUGUUCUGGUGUGUAUUCAUGUCAAUAGCAGUUUGUUGGUAUGAAACGUUGCCUCUUGGUUCUCCUAUAGUAAAAGUCAGUGGAUUCUUGGCACUGUGUAGGACUGAGCAGUCGGAGCAGCAGACAAGAUGGUGCAUGAUCUCGUUUCCUCUCCCAGCUCACUGGAGAACCCUUUGAACUCAGGUGUAGAUUCACUUCUAAUGAGAGCCUCAAAAAUAUUGCAGGGGAACACGGACCGCUCUGAGAGCAAGGUGUGCAAUUCAUUAUGUAGCUCUUGAUGUUUUACUCGUGCUUUGCGGUGCCAGUGCAAAUAGAAGGUAUGAAAGCAACUUCUAGGGGCUGAAUAGAGCUUCUAACCUGGUCAGGGGGUAAGAAGGCUGAACAGCUGGCAGCUGUAUUUUGUGCCUUUUGUUUCUUCAGAAAUGCAUUGGAAAAGCCCUGAUUUUGGGUGUUUCCUUUACCUUUCAGGUUAUCUGAGGGUAACAGAGCACUGGAACAGGCUGCCCAGAGGGCUUGUGUGGUCUUCUCUGGAGGCAUUCAAAACCUGCCUGGACGUGUUCCUGUGUGACCUCAUCCAGGUGUUCGUGCUUUGGCAGGGCGAUUGGAUGAGGGGAUCUUCUGAGGUCCCUUCACAUCAUUCUGUGAUCAUGAAUUACCUUAAAGCACUGCUAUAAGUGCUGUGUACUUCUGGAUAGCUCUGUGUUGCUCUUCCGUUAAAUGCUUUGUGCCCACAUGCAAGUCCUACAAUUAUUUUAUCCACUGAAAGAACUUUAGAGGGUGUAAAGUGCAGCUUUAUUGUGCUGCUUGUGAUUUUUCCCCUUGGGUUUGAUAUGCCGUCAGGCCUUGUAUGUGUUGGUUGCUUUUGUUCCACUGCAGGCAAAUGGAUUCCACAUCAGUGUGAAAUAGCAGCUUAAGAAUCCCUACUGGCCUCCUUUCCAUGGCCUUUCUGUGGGAGGAUGCUGCUAUAGAAAGUGAAAUGUAGUGCAUGGCCACGUUUGUUCGUGUUAAACAAAGUGUGGUUAUUUGCUUUAAUCGUUUAUGUUGUUAACUUGGAUUUAAUGUGUUUUUGUAGUAUACACAUGUCAUUGCAGCUGGUGGAUUAAAGUGUAAUUCAGUGCGUUCAUAGACUUCUGGCAGAAAUAAGUUGUAAUUAACCUUUGUUUCCUUAUCAGACAAGCUGAAAUACUCACGGUUUUGCCUUGUAAUCUUUAGCCAUGGAUUUGCAGGCAGUAAACAGGUUAUUUGCAGGCAUCCCAGGCGUCCCUUCAAUGGAUUUAGUGCAGUGUGGAGUGAUUCUAUGAUUCAGACACAGGAGGGAGGAGUAUUCCCUUGGCCAUUAGUGUCAUUAGUGCACGGAGACAGGACAGAAGUGACAGCCCUGGGCUGCAAGGCCCUUCUGUGCACUAACAUGUUCUCUGUGCGGACUGGCGUUGGUCAGUGCUUGAGCCAACAUCGCGGGGGUCCUCUGAAAGUGCUUGGGUGCUUUCCACAGCCCAGUGCAGCGCUCUGUACAGGGUUGAAAUGCAGUUAGGGCAGAAGCCUGGGCUUGGUGGAGAUUGAUGCUAUUUUAGACAAGGCUUUUACCUGUCACAUGCAUGAGAACCUAACAGGCUUUUCUUCGAGUCCGGGCUGAAACAAAAGCGCAGAUGUCACAUCACUCACAUUCCUGCAGCUCGGGAGAAGUAGUGAGGGGCACUGAGGGGCAUGCACUGCCAGCAGCGGCUGGGGGCGGGGGGCACAAGGCAGGCCUUGUUGCUUGUGGGGACUGAAUGCCUUUCUGGGGUGUGGGGCAGGGACACCUCAGCUGGUUGCAUGCUGCUUGUCAGGCAGCCACGUAAAGCCUUUGAGCAAAGUCCAAGAAUAGCGAUUUACGGGAAUCCCAGGGCUCUGCAGGCUGAGUGCUGUGGGCUGGUGUUUCCCAGGGGCCCUCAUGUGGUGCUGUCAUCCAGGAGACGUCGGUGAGCGCUGUGCAGGGCUGCGCUCCGGCUGAGGUGUCUGCAAACAGAGUGGUGGAGAUGAGGAAGGAAACCAAGUAGUCAGGGCUAGCAUUUGUUUUUGCCUGGAAUGGGCAAACAGAGUGCUCUGGGUGGAGGGAGCUUGUGUGAUAGUGACAUCCUCCUUGUCCAAGGCAGCGUGGUACCACAAAGGUGUUCGCAGGCUGGCUAACCUGAAUCCUUCCUCUACCCUUACCCUAAGGGUAAGACUUAAUAGGAAAUGUAUUGCAUUUGUUUUCUGUUGGCUUUUGCUUGCCUGUUUUAGUGAGAAACGUAUCUGUUAAACGAAAAUGUCUUCCCUUUCAACGAGCAUUAAAGUUGAGAUAUCCUGAAUGCAUUGCAUUGCGUUAGAGUAUGAACAGCUGCUGUGUGAGGUAUUUGUUGCCUGAUGACUGCCAGACUGAGGGUUAUAGGUGCUUGUGGCUUCUGUCCUGCACACUUAAUGCAGUCAUACUGUCAGAGCUCGGCUUCUGGAAAUAGCCCUGAGAGGUGCAGGCAGCCGGAGACACGUUCCAACCCCAAGUGUGGGGUUUUGGUGAUGGAAGAAGAGCUGUAGUGGGAUAAUAACAACUCAGCAGAAAUUCCAUCUCCUGCUGUCCUGCAGAAGGCUUCCAAGAGCUGUCCGGUCAUUGGGAUGUGAGCAUCUCUCCCGUGUUGGUGAGCUGCUGGGGGAGCACUCAGCACAUGGCAGGGGCUUGGGGGCUUCACCAAAAACCAACACCUGUUUGACCCGUAAAAAUAGUUACUCCAGAAAAAGAGCGUGUCUGCAAAGUGUGAUUUAUUGCAUCUUAAAACAUGAGGAGAUGCUGUGUGCUGUUGUGUUGUUGGCUGCUUGGCUCAUGCCGUGUUCUUUUUAGAACAGCUCUGUGGUGUUACUGUCACUUAGGGAACCCUGGGCGCAGGAAGACUUUGUGUAUAAAUAGGCUUCAGUUUGUAUUGCAAAACAGAUUCGAUCCAAUCAGUUGUGCUCUCCCUUCUCUUGUUGGCCUUCGCGACGCGGUGUCCGUGCUGAGCUCUGGCAGAGCCGCUCCGACCUCUCUGCUGUGGUUUAUCCCUGCAGGAGCGGGGCAGAACAAAGCCUCUUUCUUCACGUGGUACAGAAUAGUCUGUAAAUACGUCUGCAUAUCUAAAGGGAAAAAAGAAAAGGAAGAAAGCCAGUGGUUAAAGGCAUUGGCUUUCUCAAAGGAAAAGAAGCCCAUAGUGCAGGGCUGCAGCAGUCUGGCUGCGUGGAGCUCAUGUGGGGAAGCUGCUAAUUGGUACAGCAGUGACCCUGAGAUGGUUUUGUCUUCAUUUGAGAUUGCAUUCAGUGGUUCAUUUUCGUCUGUCUGAAUUUAUAGUACAUUUUUAAGUACUGCAACUAAGGAUCCAUUUAUCGUGCCCAGAAGUCUUCACAGUCUUCACAUGGGGCUUCAUCAGCAGUGUUGUGUCACUCAUGCAGCUUGAGCUGCAGACUGGGAGGUGCUGUGGGGUCAGUGCUGUGCCUGAGGAUCUGAGCUUCAGCCACAGGCUGUGCCCAAAGGUCCGUGUGGGAAAAAGAAGCAGGGCGUUGCAGUGUCACAAGGAGUGCAGUCCGAUGGUGAGUUGCUGUGUGCAGAGCAUGUGCAGGAGUUGGAGCUUCAGCCAAGCACUGUAGGCACAGGGGUGCUUUGGUUUGGGGAUGGAUUUCUUGUGGUUUUUCUUCUUUCCUUUUUUUUUAAGGAGAACCUAUUAAUCUUUUUAGCAUAUUGUGUGGGCAUUUAUUUAUUAGAAGAGGUGUAUUUGGAAAUGGUUUUACUCUAAAGCUGAUGCCUUAACUACUCUAAUGAAUGGCAGUGCUCCUGUUCACUGUCAUCAGGCAGAAACCAUUUGAUUCUGAGUUUCUCAUCUAUGCUCUCAAGCUGGAGUUCCUUUCUUCUAAUGGUGAUGUGAUUGGGCACUGAUUGCUCUUUGAGCUCCAGCUCUCUCUUCUCUUGAAGCAUUCCUGCUGUGGCUGAGGAGAUUUCAUAGCUUUUGGGGUGUUAUUUUUCCCUCUUUUUUUUACCUUUGCCCAUGAGAGGGAGUCUUGCACUGGGAAAUUACAAUAAUGAAAGGAAGAUACAAAUCUGCAUAGGACAUAAGGUGACCUGUGUGUGUGUGCAGUGUAGGACGUGCAGUCCUGAGAAGUCAAACUUUGUUCAUUAGGGGUCUUUCUGCUUUGAAUGCAUUGCCUGAACUUCAGGGCUGAAAUUGGGUUUAGUGCAAGAGCUUGCAAGGUUGCUUUCUUGCCAUCAGCCCUUGGCUUUGUGUAACUCCCCUCUCGGAAAUCCUCUGUGUAUUUAUAUAAACUGGUUUAAACAGAAAUGUAUCCCUGCUUACAGCUGGGUGGGAGUUUGCUGUGCCCUGGUGUGCAGAAGAACACCCAUGUUUAACUUCUUUCAUUUCUUUGCCAGUGUGGUUUCUGUAAUGCUUUAACUCAGUUGUGUUCCAGUGUAAAUGACCUAGAAGAACAAGUUGAAAUCAUCGCAGAAGGACAAAGUGCGUCAGUUCAUGGUCUUCACACAGUCCAGUGAAAAGACAGCAGUGAGUUGUCUGUCCCAGAAUGACUGGAAGCUGGAUGUUGCAACAGACAACUUCUUCCAAAAUCCUGAACUUUAUAUACGAGAGAGUGUUAAAGGAUCACUGGACAGAAAGAAGUUAGAACAACUAUAUAACAGAUACAAAGAUCCUCAAGAUGAAAAUAAAAUUGGUAUAGAUGGUAUACAGCAGUUUUGUGAUGAUCUAGCUCUCGACCCAGCCAGCAUUACUGUACUCAUCAUUGCAUGGAAGUUCCGAGCUGCAACGCAGUGUGAAUUUUCAAAGCUGGAAUUCAUGGAUGGAAUGACUGAGCUCGGAUGUGACAGCAUAGAAAAACUAAAGGCUCAGAUUCCUAAAAUGGAACAAGAGUUAAAAGAGCCGGGAAGAUUUAAGGAUUUUUAUCAGUUUACUUUCAACUUUGCAAAGAAUCCAGGACAGAAAGGUUUAGAUUUAGAAAUGGCCAUUGCCUACUGGAAUUUAGUACUUAAUGGAAGAUUUAAAUUUCUAGACUUGUGGAACAAAUUUUUGUUGGAGCAUCAUAAAAGAUCAAUACCUAAGGAUACCUGGAACCUCCUUCUAGACUUUAGUACAAUGAUAGCAGAUGAUAUGUCAAACUAUGACGAGGAAGGGGCAUGGCCAGUUCUUAUUGAUGACUUUGUGGAAUUUGCACGCCCUCAAAUUGCUGGGACAAAAAGUACGACAGUGUAGCACUAAAGGACCCUUAUAGAGUGUACAUAGUCUGUACAAAUACCUGAAAUGGAAAAUUGCACAGUCAAUUUCUGCUGGCUGGACUGAACUGAAGAUCAAUCCUCACAAUGUGGCUGAGGGUUGAGACAAACCUUUAAAGAUACAUCAUGGACCAUAUCAUAAUUCAUCCUUCUACUGGUGGUUUGGGCUUUUCUUCUAGUCUGGACCACUCCUGCCCGUUAAAAUUCCAACAUUGUGGAUUUCAUCGUGGAUGGUUAUUAUUUUCUGGACUGCCCUAGUUUCAGCUCCCAUAAGUCCGAGCAGCUUUAUGAUUUUGAGGUUUCUGGUUUCACAUAAAGCACAAUGCUGGUCAUCAUCAGACAACUGUUGUAUGGCAUCUGAAUUAUACAGCUCAACAUCAGAGCAGUUUUUAAAAGAAUCCUUAAAUAUACACUUGGGGCUAGUUGCAAAGACAGUCUUGAUAGCACUUCCUUUACCAGUGAUAUAUUUAAGUGUACUGGGUCUAAUUUUGCUUUUUUUAAUUGAUUUUUUUUUUUUUUUUUCCCUCUUCUGGAAAACUGCAGGUAUCAUCUAAGUGAGUGUGAGUGUCCGGUAGUAGCAGUUACAGAAAGAACCAGGAAAGCUUCAGGUUGUUGAUACUGGGGUAUCUGGGUGCCUGUCUGCACGGCUUGGUUGUACGUCAGCUGCCCCUCAGCACAGUUGAAGUACGACACAACUCCUGUGCACUUACAGCAGCUGUGCUGGGUGUUACAGUCGGCCUUUGGUGAGAGGAGCCGUGUGUGAGGGCAGGUUCUGAUAUUCUCUAUAGGUUGUUAUCUAAGGAAAUAGAUUUUGUUGCAGUUUUGAAAUGCUUCUGUCACAGAAAAGCUUUCUCAUUGCUCUGGAAAUCUAAAACUUGAAUAUGCUGAAUUUGUGUCUUAACGUUUGCUACACAACACAGUAUUUCAAAUUCAGGCAUGGAACUUUUUAUGCUUGAGGUGUGAAGAAGCAAAUGGCCCUGCUAUAAUGAGAAGAUGGUGCGUUUGAUAUGAAACCUGGUUUUGAAAGCAUUCUGAGAAGUAAGUUAAGUCUUCAUAACGCAGAGGUACUGCUAUGGAUGACACCGACUUUUAAUUAUUGUGUUGAGCUUUCCAUAAAAGGACAUUUCACUGUGGUUGCCAAAUAUAGAAAUGAAGUGUAAAGCAUUUCCAGACAGACACGGAUCAGAUAUAAACUACACUGGCUUUGUUUCCUUAAGUUAUUUUGUUGGUUCAUCACUACUCCUCAUUGUCGUAUUGCAUUUAAUUAAACCAAGUUCUUUUGUUCAGAACAGGUGUUAUCAGGAUGCAAUCCUUUAUUUUUAACGUUACAAGAGCUCAUGAGCUGCUGUUGUGCUAAACAUGGUCUUCUACUGCUGAGUUGUUACUGGGGAAGAGAUGUUCUCUUGAGAUCAAUUCUGCUCUGUAAAAGCAAGCUGGAAAAUAGGAAGCUCCAGGAAAGCAGAGAGCCUGUAGUUACCAUUAAGGUUAGAGGUGAGAGUCCAUGUGCUAAACAGUCCCACGGUAAGGCCUGAAUGACUUCUGAAAUAGUAACUGGUACUUGCAGUAAGCAGCUGAACACUUCUCUGUGGAUGCUAAAAGUAUUUUAGGGAAAAAAAAAAAAAACAAACCCAAAAAACCCUAUUAAAUGGCUAUAAAUGUUUGUUUCUAUUCUGUGAGGUUUGACCACAAGGCCAGCUCCCCUCAUAGCAGUGCCCUUUGAAAACCCAUCUGUGCAUUUGUUUCAGUAAUAUGGUUCCACAGAAACAUUGCAACUUUCUCCAGCUACUGGAAUUGGCUAUGCCAAGAAAUGUGUGUUUUGCUGCUUUCAGUAUUUCCUUUUUAAGUUUUGUGUAAAUAUAAAUGGGGACUUGAGAUCAGGGGUGGGGGUGUGUGUGCAAAAAGCUCUACAAGGUAUCUAUGCGUGCUGUUUUCUGUCUUGAGGGUUCUGGUACAGUUUCAGGUUGGUUUGUUUGUAUGCUGUGUCUGGGAUGAGAACAGACUGUUUUUUUGUCCCAGGACAGACUUGGCCCUCGAAAGAAGUGUGAGGUGGGGCAGUGGCAUAAUGCUGUGGUGUUUUAAAGAAUAUUCCUUUUGAAUGCAAGAUCUUUUCAACAAAAUAGUGUUGUCAUCAGUUUGGUACUACGUGCUUAUAAUUACUGUGUAAUUAUAAAGAAAUACUUAAAACGCUGACUAAUUAUGUUGCAGAAAAAGGUUAUUUGUGCUAUGAUGGCAUCUUAAGAGUUCUUCAAAAAGCACUGAUUUAACAGGGUGUGGUUCUAAGGACAAAAUGCCUGGUGAGAGAAUAUUUUGUACUGAAAAGUGCUCAGAUACGGCCAUGUGGGGUUUUUUUUUCCUUUGUUUUGUUUUUUUAAGAGUGCAGACAGUUGCUUCCUUGGAUUGCUUUAAUUCGUAAGUGCUCAUGUCCUCAAUCUGAUAAUCUCCCCUUAAUGGAUCAGUUUAAUUUUGCCAAAUGUGAAGAAGAAAAGGUAAACGUCACCUUUAUAAUCUGUUUUUAUACAUUCAAUAUGUACAAAAUUAGAAGUGCCCUGAUAUAAAACACUUAAUGUCAAGAUUAUAUUUAGUAAAAAACCAUCAUUUACAUAUCUCUGUAAGUUCAAAUGUAACUCCUUACAAUCCCUCGCAUUACCAACAGAGGCAAUAAAGCUCCAAUGAAAUUGCCAUGA